GAUAAAGGCGGAAAGCGACGAAGUGACCUCAUCAAAGCGAUCCGCGCGACACGGGGCGGUGCCAGCGGCAAGAUGGCGGCGGUGGCAGACGCCGCGCUCCCGUCGCCUCAAAAUUCCGACGCCCUCGGCGAUGUGCUCAAGAUUUUGACGGAGGAUCUGCCCGCAGCCGACCUGCAGUGGUCGCUGUUUGUGGCAGCGCUCAGGUCGUACCGCUACGACACCGUACUGCGUCCGUUUCCGGCAGACUUCGUCGACCGGAGUUGCGACACGAAGCAUAUCGACGAGCUUCGUGAAGUGGCCGCCAGAGUGCCCGCGCUCGCCACACUGUUGCUGGACGAGCCGAACCGCGCUCCGCCGGAAUCGUUGCAGCUGCUCCGUUGGGUGCUCACCUCGGGAGGAGUGCGACUCCGGUCCCGAAGCAAGCAGGAUAUGCCCGAACUCCGGGGCUCGCACGUCGACCUGGUGUUUGAAGUGGAACACAGCGCGCAAACGGAACGGCGGUUCGCCUCGGCCCGCGGCGAGAGGGAUGUCUUCUUCGCUUACCACGGAUCCCGACUGGACAAUUUCUAUUCGAUCCUCCACAAUGGUCUCCUGGCGCAUAUGAACAAGAACUCGCUCUUUGGAGCUGGCACCUACCUGUCCAGCGAGUUGAGCGUGUCGUCGACGUUCAGCCCUGCUGGCUUCGGCUGGCAGCAUUCCGUCAUCAGUUCGGAAUUUUCCCUAGUGGCCAUGUGCGAACUCAUCGAUCAUCCGGACGUCAAGUGCCAGGACAGGUCCAAGAGUCAUCCUUCCAGGGCCUACGCUCAAGAUUCCAUCGGUGGCAAGGUUCCCGAGAAGUACUUCCUGGUCCAGAACAACUCUGUGGUUCGAGUGCGCUAUCUCCUCGUGUACACUGCGGUGCAUCCGCGAUCCCCGUCCCCCGAAAUCCUACCGGCUGGGAGGCCUGCGGAAACGUGCUGCGCCUUCAGCUGGCCAGAGUUCUUGCGGAAGAACAAGUCCUGGUUCAUGAUUGCCGCGUACGCCGCCUUGCUCUGUGGCAUCGGAUUGUCCAGUUCCCGGGUCGGCCACAAAAUAAUGCUCAAGUUCUUCUACCGGUAGUAGACGUCCUGGUUCGUUUUGGGUGGUGCGUCGGUCCUUUGAUUGUUCCGAAAAUUAUGAUGUCGUUGUGCCAUUGGGGGAAUUUGGUGGGAGAUGGUAUGGUCCGAUAUAUUUUUGUAUACCUACAGUCGCAUGUGACUCGAUCGCGUGAUCGCCAGUAUGUAUAUACUUACGCAUGAUCUCAUACCAUAUUUGUGUUUGUUUUUUGCCAGCUGUUUCUGCGGUCAUGCUGGUGAUCCUUGUGGUCGCGUUACAUUUGGACUUAAAUCUCUUCCUGCAAAGUU